CAGACAAGUAUCAAAUACAAUCAUCAUAGAGUUUAAAUGUAACGUUAAAAGGAAUGAAAUUCGUUGAAACAAAUUUUGAAAUGUAGCCUUUGUUAACAUAAUAUCACGCGUUGCCUACGACACAAAUAUUUAUCUCUGCAGAUAACUAGCGAUGUUUGUGUUUGAGACAUAACAGUUCAAAGAUAUCGUUCAGUCAGUUACGCGUUGUCAUUUCAGAAGUGCUCUGUACAGUUUCAUGAAAUGGAUACUCCCCUUGGACGCAAUCUCAAAAUCAUCGGUGUCGAUGUGAAAGAUAUAAGAUUUCCAACGUCAUUAAACCGCGAUGGAAGCGAUGCAAUGCAUACCGAUCCCGAUUAUUCUUGCGUGUAUGUAACAAUUGAAACAAAUGAAAAAAAGUAUAAAGGAUAUGGUCUUACGUUUACCCUGGGAAGAGGAACUGAGAUCGUUGCGCGAGCAUGUGAGUCUCUAGCCACAAUAAUAAUGAACAAAGAAUUAACAUCGAUCUACGACAAUUUUGGGAUAUUUUGGAGACGUUUAACGAGCGACUCGCAAUUGAGAUGGGUCGGACCGGAGAAAGGCGUGAUACAUCUAGCUACAGCGGCUAUUAUAAACGCAUUGUGGGACUUAUGGGGACGUAUUGAAGGCAAACCUGUCUGGAAGCUUCUUUCAGACAUGUCACCAGACAAGCUCGUUACCGUUAUGGAUUUCAGAUACAUUGGAGACGUAGUGAACGAGUUUAAUGCGAGAGAAAUACUCAAAGAGAGACAAACACAUAAGAAAGAGCAAGAGAUAAAGCUGCUGAAGAAUGGCUAUCCUGCAUAUACCACGCAGGUCGGAUGGCUGGGCUACAACGACCAGCAACUCGAGGAUCUCUGCAAGAAAUUUUUGGAUCUCGGUUAUACAGCGUUCAAGAUCAAAGUGGGCCAAAACUUGGAGGAUGACAUUAGAAGAUGCGAACUGAUACGCAGGGUGAUAGGCUACGAGAACAAAUUGAUGUUAGAUGCGAACCAGGUGUGGGACGUGCACGAAGCGAUUGACUGGAUGCAGCACCUUGUGAAAUUUAAACCCACUUGGAUAGAGGAGCCGACCUCUCCUGACGAUAUUCACGGGCAUUCCAAGAUACUUGCCAAGUUGCAGCCGUACAAUGUCGGGGUGGCCAGCGGCGAGAUGUGCGCAAAUCGCAUUAUGUUCAAGCAGUUCCUGACUGGCAACGCGAUCAAUUAUUGUCAAGUCGAUGCGGCAAGAAUGGGUGGAAUUAACGAAAUCUUAACUGUAUAUAUAAUGGCGUACAUAUUAAAGAAACCAGUUUGCCCACAUGCUGGUGGAGUAGGCUUGUGUGAGAUGAUUCAGCAUCUUCAAAUGUGGGACUACAUUUGCUUAAGUCAGACCACUCAAGAUCGUAUAAUAGAAUUUGUGGACCAACAACACGAGCACUUUGUGGAUCCUGUUCGUAUUAAUAAUGCACAUUACAUGCCACCUUUGCGUCCUGGAUACUCGACUGAACUUAAGGAAGAGAGCAUCAGAGAGUACAUGUAUCCAGAAGGCUUUUAUUGGAAAAACAAAAUUACUGAAAAAGAAAAAACUGAGGAUUAAAGAUUAAAGAUUCUUUUUAGAAAUUCUUUAUAUGUACUAUUAUAUUUUAUUAUAAAAACAAUCUAAAUAAAACUACUUUUAAAAUAUACAUUUAAAAAUACAACAAAUAAGAUACAUACAGAGUGUCCGAUAUUAGAUGUAAUAUUGCUUAUGAGCAUAUAGAGUAAAUUAAAUAAAAGUUAUUAUUUACAAGACAUUAGACACGCAAUAGCAUGCAACUAUAAUUGUGCUGUUCGCAAAAAAACAUUUCUAAACAUCUUUUCGUGUGCCUAGCAAUGAUGACUGUUUAGCAGUUAUAUCUCGUCAUGCACUUACAUUUGGCAGUCAAAUAAGCAAAUUUGACUUUCUUUAUAAAUUAAUACAAUUUGUUAAUUAAUAUGAAAAUUGCAAAACUUACAAUAUGGUACAGGAUCUUUUCGACUCGGUUUAAUUUAUUCUACUCAUAAGCGGUGUUACACACAAUGUUAGACACUUUGUACAUAUAUUUAGUACAUAAAAAUAAAAUAUAAUAUACAAUUUCA